GUUCCUGUGAUUGAAAAUCUUAAAAAAAAAAUAAAAAAUCAAUCUUGAGUCGUAAGUCUAUGCCGCCUGAAGGAGUUGCUGUUGUUUGAAAAAAUGGCCGUGAGAGAGAAAAGGGAAAGUUCAAGAGGCCCCGUGCUUAUCAAAUUUGGGGUGGCUUUGGCCUUUUCUCUUGGUGGGGUUGUUUAUACCUUUCUCAAAACAAAGUCUUCCAAAUCAGAACCUCAAGGUAAGGACAGUGAGGCCGAUUCGAGAAGGGAAAGGAGCGAGAUAUCCGAGGCUGCCUUUGCUUUGCAGAAUUCCAUCAAUGGAGACAAAGAUGGUUUCGUCUUAUCAGAGGUCGAUCACCUUAUAAACAAACAUAACAUGACCGAGCACGAUGAACGCAGCCUAGAGAUUGAAAACCUAAGAAAUAAAGUCCAAAUCCUCGAAGACAGAGAAAGAAUGAUGGAAAUCCAAAUGCUCGAGUAUUACGGUCUGAAAGAGCAAGAGACAGCUAUUAUAGAACUCCAGAACAGACUGAAAAUACACAACAUGGAAGCUAAACUGUAUAAUCUCAAAAUAGAGUCCUUGCAGUCUGAAAACAGAAAAUUAGAGGAACAAGUGGCUGAUCACGAGAAAGUCAUUAACGAGCUUGAGGCUGCUAAAGCUAAGAUAAAGUUGUUGAGAAAGAAACUGAGAUCGGAAGCCGAACAUAAUCGGGAGCAGAUUCUGAGUCUUCAAGAAAGGGUUAUGAAGCUUCAGGAGGAUGAAAAGAAUGAGAGAGUUGACGGGGAUUUAGAAAUGCAGCUAAAGGAGAUGAAGGAUCUGAAGGAAGAGUUUGAGAAGGUGAAGAGGAUAAACGAGGGUUUGAAGGCGGAAAAUUUGGAGGUGACUCAGAAAUUGGAGUACUUGAAGAUGCUUGCGCCACUCGGUUUGGAGGAUAAGGAGAUUCAAGCCCUUAAAGAAGAGAACCACCUCUUGAGACAUAAAAACGAAGAUUUAACAAAGGAAAUCGAGCAAAUCCAGGCUAACCGUUGCUCGGACAUAGAAGAACUCGUCUACCUCCGGUGGAUAAAUGCUUGUUUGCGCUACGAAAUGCGAAAUUACCAGCCUGCCCCUGGUGAGACCAUCGCCAGGGACCUCAGCAAAACCCUAAGCCCGAAAUCCGAAAAGAAGGCGAAACAGCUCAUACUUGAGUAUGCAAAUAGAGAAGGCUCCGGGGACCAAGGGAUAAAUAUUUCCGAUUUCGACUCUGACCGGUGGUCCAAUUCCCAGGCUUCGUUUGAGCCCGAUGAUGAUUUGCUGUUAUUAGAUAAUUCUUCGCCUCGAAAAACGGGCCCAGGCCCGUCGAGCAAGUCGAGAGUAUUUGCCAAGCUAAUGAGGCUAAUAAGAGGAAAAGACGGUCAUGACCCUGUUGAGACACAAGAUCUUGAUAUAAGCAGAAAUUCUAGCAAUUCUCAUUCGGGCUUCUUGUUGGGUUUGGAUUUCGGGCCCGAUAGUGAUGUAAAGACAAUUAGAACUUUAUCGGGGACCUCGUCUGCAAAUUCUAUGGAUUUACAGAGGUCCUGUUCGCGCGGUGGGAAGAGUACUGCCGGUGAGAGCAGUGAUGAUGGUUCUUUGAGUAUAUUUAGAAGAUUCGACUCUGUAGGGGGGUAUGAUGGUAAUUUGUCGUCGGGAGUUUUGCCCCAUCAAGAUGCUCAAAAUGGGGCGAAAACAGAACUGGUGAAAUAUGCCGAGGCCCUCAAGAAGUCUCAUGCAGAAGUCCCGAGACGAAGAAGAUCAGCAUCUUAUAGUUCUUUUUGACUUAUUCUCCUUUCUUUCUUUUUCGUCUUUUGUUGUUUUGAGCUUCAAGCACCAAUUUGAAGAGCAGGAAAUGCUACUGGAGCUUUGAUAGGCCUUUUUAGCUAGUUUCGGGUUUCUGUAUAGUUGGGUGGUUUUAUGUGAAAAAAUGAUAGGCUUUUGAAAAUGCAUGUCAGGAAAGGUAAGGUUAUUGUAAGAGGCAUAUUUUUGAUGUGCCAACUUUUAUUCUGGAUAAAUUUUGUGUCAAUACUUAUGAGUUCGUUGCCUUCGACAAAGGGGUAUGAAGCUUCAGGAGGAGGAGAAGAAUGAGGUUCAAUUUGACAGGGAAGGAAAAUGAAGGAGGUGAGAGGAUGAAUUUGAAGAUGCAAAAUUUGGCGUCCAAUAUCUAAUGAUAAAAAAUGAAAAUUGAUUAUAGAAAGGAAAAAAAAAAAGUUAGGAAAUUGACAUUGUGAUUGGUCCGAUCCUGAACCGGCUCGUGCGAUUUGGAUAGGGUCAAAUGGGCUGGCUCGUGAGGUUUGCUGAUUUUGUAAUCGUCCGGUGUUCUUACUGAACGAACUGUUUAAGUUGUUUGGUUUAACAGAUCGUAGUUUAUUACUAUUAUUUGUUUACGUUUAACUAUUAUAAACUGUUAAGACUGUGUUUAGUAAAAU